CUUUCCAUCCCUUUCUUUGCCUCCCCUCCUCUUCAACCCUUCGAGAGAGCUGAAAGCCUCCUCACAGACCUCACAAGCUCUCCAUGCAUCAUUGAAGAGGCUGCUUGAAUGGUCCCUACUCCAUUCCAACAAUAUUUUUCCACCUUGAACAUGAAGUGAAGACCCAUCCAGGCCAUGAACGCCAGGGACUUUGGACUGCUCUUUCUUUUUUUGAUGCUGAUGUUGGGCAAACCAGGAGCAUGCGAGACAGAGGCUAAGAACUGUACUGCUGCUAUUAACGUUGAAAGAAAUACAGGAUAUCACUUAAAAUCUGGUACCUCGCAUGCCAUAAAGUGCCCAGUGACAUAUUGCCAAAAGAAGCCUGAAAUCAGGUGGUACAGAAAGAGUAAUAAUAAUAAUAAUUUACUUUUGAGUGAUGGGAAGAAGUACACAUUUACAUGGACUGAGACAAAUAUUUUUGUUUUGAAAUUUUCAAGUGUUCAAAUGAAUGACAGUGGACUAUAUCAUUGUGAGAGUCUUUCAGGAAACCAAACUGACAAGAGUCAUUACAUAAACGUCACUGUUCAAGAUGAUGAUACGAAUACUACAGAUGGCCAUGGAGUAUAUAAAAAGGACAAGGCAUGGAUUAUUUAUCUCGCCCCCCAUCAUUUUCGGGCGCACUGUGUCUCACCAGCGAAAUGCCGGUUGAGCCCACCGGCUUCUACAUGGCGAGUACUCAGUUAAAAACAAGAAGAUUUCAUCUGCCUC